AUGGUGGAGUCGGCUUUGGUCGGGCAUUUGCUCGACCCACGCUCUCCCUUAAACAUCGAAAGCCUCCUGGUAAUUUUGUUUUAUAGGGAUUCUUAUGACAAACUAUCUAUUACAGAUCAACAGGUUAUCGAACAAGUAUCACAACACCGGCUGAAAGGGUCCGACUUUCGAUUAUUGAAGGUUAUAGGACGAGGAGCAUUCGGAGAAGUACAGCUCGUGCGACACACUCAGACCAAUUGUGUUUAUGCUAUGAAGCUCCUCAAUAAAGAUGACAUGAUCAAACGAUCAGACUCAGCGUUUUUCUGGGAGGAAAGGGACAUUAUGGCGCAUGCGAAUUCUGAUUGGAUCGUGCGGCUUCACUACGCAUUUCAAGAUCAGCGAUAUCUAUAUAUGGUCAUGGAAUACAUGCCCGGUGGUGAUCUAGUGAAUCUUAUGACGACGUACGAUGUGCCUGAGAAAUGGACGAGGUUCUAUGCAGCCGAACUUGUUGAAGCACUUGCUGCUCUUCAUUCGAUGGGCUACAUUCAUAGGGACGUCAAGCCGGAUAAUAUGUUGAUCUCACGAAGUGGUCAUAUAAAACUCGCUGAUUUCGGCACGUGCGUAAAGAUGAACAAAAACGGUGUUAUCAAGUGCUCCACAGCCGUUGGUACGCCUGACUAUAUUGCUCCCGAAAUCCUCCAAAAUCAGGGCAAAGAAGCAGAAUUCGGCACAGAAGUGGACUGGUGGGCAGUUGGAGUUUUCAUCUACGAAAUGCUGAUUGGCGAAACGCCAUUCUUUGCUGAAGCAUUGGUAUCGACGUACUCUAACAUCAUGGAUCACAAAAACAGCCUUCGCCCUGCAGUUUGCAAAGCUUACGAUUCUAGAUGCAAUCCGGGCGCAUCCGUGCCCUUUUUUCUGUCAAUAUUUGGGUCUGCUACUCCGCCAGUCAUUCCCGAGUUAAAAGGUGAUGACGAUACUACUCACUUUGAGCCCAUGACUGAAUCGUUCCAGCUCCCAAAGACUUUCAUAGGAAAUCAGUUACCAUUUAUUGGGUUCACCUACUCGAAUGAGCUAAGGAAAGUUGCCGAUCAGUACAAGAACCUCGUAGAGAACGAGCGUUUAGCGAGACAGAUCGCUGAAACGAAUGUGAAUGAAUUCGACAAGGAGAAGACUAUGCUGAAGGAGGAGGUGAAACAGCUGGUGGCUCGCCAUGAGAAGGUAUUUGUUACGGUUUUCAUUUCUUCUCUUUCAGUUAAGGCUUCUAUUAUGAUUCCUGCCACUUUCAUCAAUUUCUUUUUAAGGAAGCUAGAUCUUGAAAAAGCACACAAGAGGGCUGUCAUCGUGAAACUCGAGGAGGAAAUGGCAAAACGAGUUGAUAAGAAAGGAGGCAAACACAUUACGAAGGCCGACUUGCUGAAGAAGGAUCGUGAAAUCGUAAGUGUUAGGCGCUAUAAGAAGUUGAUUGCAGCGAUCAUUAAAUUUCUAAAUAACUCUUCAUUCUUUUCGUUUCUGAAGCCGAUGUUCCUAACUGCAUUUAAUCAAGUGACUUACCAGCUUUUUCUUAUGUUUUCUAUUUUCGCUCUUAUCUUUCGUGCUUCUUGUGGUAUAGUCUGUAGACAAAACUCUUUCUAUUACCAGAAUUUUUUUAGCCAAUUAUGCCACGUCCGCUUGGUCACAGCCGCUGAUGUUCGUGUUGCUGACGCCGAACAAAUUCGAAGAAUAUUCCAUGUGAGCUGUAGCUGUCGCGAAUAUUGCUUAUGUUUGUUUUUUCAUCUUCGUUUAUAUUCUUCUCUACAGGAAUCCUGGAAAAGUCAUGACUUCCAAGAGCUGACCUUUCAUAUGAGCACCUAUUGUGAUAUCUGCAGCAAAAAACUAUCCGAUCUCGUUCGACCACCACCAGCUUAUGAGUGCAAAAAUAACAGAAGAUUUUCAACAUCAUACCUGCUGCAAAGGGUGAUGGCGACGCAAAGCUCCAACCCAAUAUCCCGUGUGUCAUCGAAAAUUCGUCACCAACCGUCGCACAGCCAUUCAGGCAGCAUCAACUAA